CCAGACUUCGGAGUUUCUCGUAGUUCUCAGUGAACUGAGUGCUAGCCCUCCAACGGCUCUAACUCUUUCUACUCUUCAUCGAACCAUCCACGCCGACUGUUCAUGGCGUCGUCGUUGCCCUCGGAGAGGAGAGCUACCGCAUUAGAACUAUUGAAAUCUUCGAGGCGACCUACAGGUCCUUCCACUCCCCGUGCCGCGUCGUCGUCAAAUGACGACGUGUCGUCUCUCGUAUCCCACCCGCUGCCACCAGCGCAGUCGCGCGAUGCCACAAUUGCGUCUCGCUACUUUCCUCCAGCCAACAGCGGCAACAUCUUAGUCCCCAGCUCGAGUCCCCUAGGCCCAUCCGCCUUGUCGGCGUACGUCCCUUACGGCCAUGCUCGCCCUCAUGACGUGGGCGCCAUCCAAUCCGCCAAGACCCAAUUCCAGGUUACCUGGGACGAUCCACUCACAGCAUCUACUUCAUUCUCAUCCAACAACACUCUCGGGCGUCACCCGCGCGACAGGAACGAUGUGAAUGGAGCGGAGGGCCCUCCACGUAAGCGCCAGAACCGGGGGCACGGGCAACUCAUCGACCUGACGAUGUCGCCCGAUUCUCCCGACGUGCGGGGGCCCGGUAUCAAGAGACGCACAGUACCAACCGCCGGUUCGUCUUCGGAUGACGAUGACUUCUUGCCUGUUGCGGACAGUGCAGCAGGGCCGUCAACAUCCCGAAUCACACGCAAUCGACCCUCACCACCCGUGAUGUCGACGCCGAAUGUCAGUACAUCAUCACCUGGUCCGGACGCAAUGUUCUUGCGCUUCAAAAUCACUAUGCCGACGGAGUCUCCUCAGCGUAUCGAGGCGGCAUGGCGGCAGGCUAACCACGAUGUGAAAAAGGCCACGGCGCUACUCACAGACCCAAACUGGGCGCCGCCGACGCCGCCAUCAGUGACGACGUCCUCUCCAGCUCCACGGCCAGAGGUGGUCGGGCGUGUAAAAGAGGUCGACGAAGCGACGAAAGCCCAGCGACUGGCGGCCAAGGAGACGGGCAAACGGUCAGCGAUCUACGCCAAGCGGCCUGUGACCAUCACUGCGCGCGAAACCCAGUUCCUGCACUAUACGCCCCCGCAGCCCAAAGAGCGAGCUGUCUCGUCCCCUGCGCCUCGUGUCAUACCGAGGAGAAAGGCGGCCCGUAAGAUAGUCGAUUCAGACUCCGACGAGAACUACUCUGAAAGCGAUGAUGAUGCAAGUCGGGGUCGGCCAGAUAAUUCGGAGAGGUUCAGGACCAGAGCCCUGGAAUACUUCAAUUCAGCUGCCCCUGAAGCUUUAGCGGAGCUGACUGGCUGCACGCCAGAACAGGCUAACAUCAUCGCGUCUCUGCGGCCGUUUGAGGAUGCUGAUGAGCUCGAAGCGAAGCUCAAGCAAGGCAAGAAGAAGGCUGGGCCCGGGGGAAUCAGUCCGAAGAUGUUUGCGGACUGCGUCAGCACAUUUGAAGGAUAUGGCACCGUCGACUCGAUCCUAGAAGAUUGCGAGGAGACUGGAGUAGACUUGCAGACAGCGAUAUCCUCAUGGGGAGCUACAGACCAGACUGAGGACGGGGCCCUCAGUCUACACGAGAUGAAAGUGUCAUCCGACAAACCGAAGGAUUACCUCGACCGGCAGCCAGAGCUCUUGGCCGAUGGGAUUCAACUGAAGGACUAUCAGCUCCUCGGGGUGAACUGGCUCAAUCUGUUAUACCGACGCAACUUCAGCUGUAUCCUGGCCGAUGAGAUGGGGCUGGGCAAAACAGCGCAAGUCAUCAGUUUUCUUGCGUAUCUGAAAGCGCAAGGAAAUGUCGGACCGCAUCUUAUCGUUGUCCCGUCUUCGACGCUGGAAAAUUGGUGCCGUGAGUUUGCACGAUUUGCACCCUCGAUCGAGGUGCAGACGUACUAUGCCGGGAAAUCGGAGCGACCAGAGCUCAGGGAAACCUUGCUCGAGUCUCAACGAUCCAAAGGCGAUGGUUCCGAAGGCUGGGAUGUCUUGAUCACGACGUACAACCUCGCGGCGCAAGGGGACGAACGCGAUCGCAGAUUCUUCCGAAAGAUUGAAUGGGAUUGUUGCGUCUUCGAUGAGGGACACGUUCUGAAGAACUUUCAGUCCCAGCGGUAUCAGACAUUGCUCAAAUACGAGUCCAAGUGGCGGCUUUUAUUGACGGGCACCCCCCUUCAGAAUAAUCUGCAGGAGCUUGUGUCUCUCAUGAAUUUCAUUCUACCUGGCAAAUUCUCGGAGUCGAUGGAAGCCCUGCGGGCCAUCUUCAAGGUCAGAGGCGACACCAAGGUCUCCUUGUUGUCCCAGGAACGGGUCUCUCGUGCUAAGAAGAUGAUGACACCGUUUGUGCUGCGUAGGAGGAAGGACCAGGUGCUUAAGGAUCUGCCCAAAAAAACCGAGCGUGUCGAAUGGUGCAUGAUGACACCUUUGCAAAAGUCGAUAUAUGCGGAUGCCAUUCAGCGUUCCCGAAAGUUUGUGCUGGAGACAAUCGAGGACGACACAGACGCCGCAGACUCGAAGCCAUCUGGGAAGAAGCGUCCAAAAGCAGCCGUGGCAGUCAAGAAGACGUACCAAGAGAACAGCUCGAAUGUGUUGAUGGAUCUGCGCAAGAGCGCUUUGCAUCCCAUGUUGUUCAGGACCCUGUUUACCGACCGGACUUUGGACGGAAUCACCAAGCAACUGCUCAAGGAGCCGGACUUCAAAAAGCGCGGCGCUCGUUACGAUUAUGUCAAGGAGGACAUGUCCGUGAUGACUGAUGCAGAGCUGCAGCAUUUUUGCGGAACGUACAAAUCCACUCAGAAAUUCCUCCAAGACGAUCAGUCUUAUUUGGAUGCCGGCAAAGUCGAGGCUCUGAUGCGUCUGCUCGCAGAAUUCCGUGAGCAGGGCAGAAAGGUCCUGAUCUUCUCCCAGUUCACUCAAAUCUUGGAUAUUCUCCAAGCAAUCUUGAAGCAGAAGCACAUCCGAUUUCUCGUGCUCACUGGAUCCACCCCAGUCGAUGUGCGCCAGUCGUUGGUCGACGAGUUCUCGGAGACGGAUUCGAUCAAUGUUUUCCUGCUGUCGACUAAAGCCGGUGGCAUGGGCAUCAAUCUUACCGCGGCUUCUGUUGUCAUAAUGUUCGAUCAAGACUUCAACCCUCAUAACGAUCGCCAGGCCCAGGACAGAGCCUAUCGAAUCGGCCAGAAACGCGAUGUAGAUGUCAUCAAACUGAUUUCUCGCGGGACCAUCGAGGAGGACAUGCUUAGAUUGGGAGAGACCAAGUUAGCAUUAGACCAAGCUGUCGGCGGCGCGGCAGCCGAUCCCGACGACAAGAGCACCGACGACAGCGCACCCGAGCGAGAAAUGAAGACGUCCUUGCUGCAGUCUCUCCGAAAGCAGUUUACGGACACGACGGAUGCAUCGAAAGCGGAAGUGACGGAGAUGGACGUCUCCUGAAAUAGAACAAUCAAUUUAUAAUCUCUUGUAUAACAACUAUGAGGAGAAGUGACUGCUGCGUAUAAGUCUGUCGACGCUUGCGCGAAAAUACUCGUUGUCGAUUCCAUACUCGCGCGAAUCCAUGUCCACCAACGGAUUGCGCACAACGUAUUCAAGGAACGGACCCGUGUAGAUUUGUCGCAGCAUGAACCGAAGGGACUCUGCACCCGGGUCGCUGAGCAUCACCAGCUUGUACCCAGACACCGAUUCAAAGACGUGCAUCUUAUACGUCGACGUCCGGUAGUUGGUGAACUGCUCAUCCCUGCCUUUCCCGUAUGAACGGCACGUCAGAGACGCGAAGCUGGGUCGCGCACCUCCCGGAGAUCUUUUUGACCAUAUUCCUGAGCGAAAGAAUGACACCGUACACCAGUUUAGCUUCCUCAUCGAACGAUAGCCCUGUGCUGGUCAUGGGCGAUGGCGAUGGGGGUGUCGGUUGCAUCAGCAACGGUGUCGACGGAGUCUGAGCACCCUCAUUCACAGCAAUAACAACGCCGGAAUUGGACGAAAGCGUGUUUCGGGGGCUCGAGUAGCCUGAGUAGGCGGAGGUCGGGUUUUGAGACGGAGGAGAAACAGCUUGCGAAACGGCAGGUAGUAUCCCGCCCUCUGUGGCUAGUUUUGGCCGUCUCGUACGGUUCCAAUCCUGGUAGUACACGCAUAUGCAAUGUCUGCAGCACCGUUAGCCGAGAGCUAGCGCAGAAGACCCCAGACGCGCCUGUCGUAGAUGUAAAGACUGUAUAUGGUCAUGGUACAAAGCAGGUUUCUGUUC